GCAACACCAGUAAAACUAAACUAUUCGUCAUCAUGUUGUGGACUUGCUGGCUCUUCAUCAUUUUAAGUUACCCUAAAGCUCUUCAAGCCCAGUUUUGGUUCCAUCGUAUACACCAUUAUGUAACUGACCACUAGAGGUCGGUAAAGCUCCGUGCAGAGGACACGCGUCUCCCUGUCAGAGCUGCUCUGGUUCAUGUCCACGAUCAGCAGCUAACUCAGGAAAACUCAAUAUGAACAUGCAUGCAGCGGUCAGUCAGCCACUUAGAAAACCAAUAACAUCAUGUAAGAGUUGUUUAAAAAAAACUUCAACCAUACUGAACUAAAACUAAAUAUUCCGUCACAACAAAUGGCUUUGAAUGUGGACCUGCCCCAUUUUAAAGCGUUGUAUAGAAUAAUGUUACUAUAAUCAUCAGGAUAAAAAUGCGUUUCAUGUGUAAGACAUUGACAUUUAUUUGGUACGAUUUUUAUAUAUAAAAAAAGGCACCUUUAUAAAUUCACUAAAGAAAAUAAAACAUCCAAACUGCUAACGAUUCCUGAUCAUUACAAUUGAAUAUGACACAUUUUAACAAUGUCCAUUCAGUUGUAUUAUGUGAUGCAGGCCUACAACUGUUGAGGCUUUAGUUCACAGCCUAUUGUAUUCUACACAGACCUUUAACCUGGCCGCACAAAUAAACCGACUGCUCCAUAAGCUGUAUGAACAAUUGUGUCCUAUAUUCUAGUCAUAACAACAAUAAUAAUGCCAUACUUAAAUAACAUGUUUACUUUGACUGCGACUUCAAUUUUCUUGCAUCUGAAGUCGUUCUAAAUGCAUUUCAAGAUCCCCACCAACACUCAAGAAACAUGCAACCAAGCUAUACAAACUGAAAGAAUAUGUAUUCAAAAAUAAAUUAAUACAAUGUUAAUCACAAUACGUUUUUUUUUUCAUUGUUAUGGCUGCAUCUUUUAAUUAGUGUUUUUUGGUUUUAUAUGAGCAGCCUUAACUGUGCGUGUUAUUAAUGUUUUUCAUGUCUUUGUGAGGCCCUCGGCGCGCGGCCAUGGCUGCAGCCUCGUGCUGCUCUCAGGGGGACAGCUGCAGUCACAGGUAGCCCCUCCAAAAAACACCUGAGCGUUUUCAUUCAAAAACACUGAAUGGCAACCAGCGACUCAUGAGUGGGAAGGUGUAACUGACAUUUGAAGACUGACACUAUCCUGUUUUAUUGACAAAAGCUCGAAAUAUAAAGUCUACCAGUGAUCCCACCCAGCAGAAAUUAAGUGCAUUCUUUAAUUUGAAUCGUACUAAUAGUAUCUGAAGAAAAUUAAAAGGAGCUAGGACCAAACAAGAAUUAAAUACAGAAAUUGUUAAAAAUGGAGAAAUAAAUGAAGGCCAAUUAAACAGCUGCUGUUGAGUAUUAUCCGAGCCAGCAGCAUCGACUAUAAUAGACUUUAAUAGAGUUGAUUUGAUGUUUGCGCAACAUUGUUGUGCAUAAUUAAAAGUAAUCACUUGCUAAUACUAACACUACACGCACACCCACCCUUAAAAAAAUCUGUUUGAAGCUGUCAUAGCCAUUAAAUGCAAAUAAGCAGGCUACCUUGAGCUUUACUGGUCCAGAUGAGUGUGUUAAAUGUCCUGGAGAUAUCUGCGCGUGAGUAAGUGUGUGCGCGCGUGUGGGGGGCUCCUCUGGACGAAUCCGUUCCGUGUUGCGCGUUCGAGUCCGCCUCUCCGCGCCCCUGCUUCCCAUUGACGCACUUUUUAAGCGUCUUCCCCUUCUCCACCUUAAGGCGAGCAGCAGUGGCAGCGACCAAUCACCAUGCCAUUACAGCCUUCAGAGGAAGCUGUUUAUGGGACUGCAGCGCUAAUUAGGCUCAUGAACUAACAAAUCUGCCUGCACGAACCCGGCGAGGAAAACGAUCAGAAUCCAUGGAUUAGUCUGGGAGUAGCCGAGCACUUUUUAUUUUGUGGCUUUCUCGACACUGCAAACUUAUUUACUGCGCAGAAAACUUUCUUCCUUCCUUGGGUGUGGAGUAUUUUUUAAAGCGAGAGCGCCUACCACAGCUUCACCUUAAACUGGGGAACCUGGACUAUCAGACAAUGUUUCAGCCUACACCCAAGAGGUGUUUUACGAUAGAGUCUUUAGUGGCGAAGGAUAAUCCUCUACCGCUGUCCCGCACCGAGGAGCCCAUCCGGCCAGCGGCACUCAGCUAUGCAAACUCCGGCCAGAUGAACCCCUUCCUCAACGGCUUCCACUCCGGCGGCAGGGGCGUCUACUCGAACCCGGACUUGGUGUUUGCGGAGGCGGUCUCUCAUCAGCAGAACUCUGGCGCCCAGAUGCAUUCGGUGGCCCCGCCGCACGCUAUGUCCGCUCACCCGCUUUCCUCCGCACACAGUCCGCACCCUCUUUUUGCCAGCCAGCAAAGGGACCCUUCAACUUUCUACCCCUGGUUAUUACACAGAUAUAGAUACUUGGGUCACAGAUUUCAAGGUAAUGAAACGAGUCCAGAGAGCUUCCUUUUGCACAACGCGCUGGCAAGAAAGCCCAAAAGAAUCCGGACAGCUUUUUCACCUUCGCAACUCCUGCGGCUCGAACACGCGUUUGAGAAAAACCAUUACGUGGUGGGAGCAGAAAGAAAACAGCUCGCCCACACCCUUAGCCUCACAGAAACUCAGGUAAAAGUGUGGUUUCAGAACCGGAGGACGAAGUUUAAGCGACAGAAGUUGGAGGAGGAGGGCUCGGAGUCUCAGCAGAAGAAGAAAGGAUCGCAUCACAUAAACCGGUGGAGAAUGGCGACUAAACAGGGGAGCAGCCCAGAGGAAAUUGAUGUCACUUCGGACGAUUAAAAAAAAAGAGACUUUAUUAGCUUCUGAGUGAUGGAGGACAUGGAUAAAGGAUGCCGUGUAGAGACAGUGGGGGGGUACACAGCCAAUGUCACAUUUCAGAUCUCCGGAUCGGCAGCUGAGGGUGAGAGAAACCCGACAUGUGGCACUGUGUCACCGCGUGGGUCUGUCAAUCCAAGUGACCUAGGAAAUGUGGCUGACAGUGUCUCAGUCCCCCCACCUGAACACUUCCACGCACCGACCCCCACCACUACAAUCUCCCAUCUACCGCCACCUCAUUUUUUCUCCAAUUCAUAUUGGACGUUUGCACUUCAGAAGGUUUUUUUUUGUGAAAAAACAAAAAAACAUUUCCACUCCAAGAUACCAAAACACCAAACAGCUUUUGUAAAACUUGAAUUGCAUGGUAUAGUUUUUUUUCUUCUCCUGGUAGUUUUUAUUUUUAUUUGACACGUUUUUUCUCAAACCAAGAAAAAAAAAUCAAUAUUGUUUUUAACUCUAUUUUCAAACAGAGAUGUCGUGCUUCUUCCUUUUUACAAAGUGUGCAGUCUUUAAUUAAUGAUUCUCGUGUAAAAGUGAUUGUGAAAACAUAUGAAGUAGCGGUGCUGCGUUAUAGUGUUUUUUUGAAAAAAGAAAAUAGAACAAAACAUUUGAAUUUCGAUUUAAAACAAAAAAUACUUUUAAUAGAGUGAAUCAGACUACAGAUAAAGUACUUAAAUGGAAGGUGUCAGGGCUUUCCUUUAACCUAAAGCUUUACCAAUGUGUCGCUGUGGCCCCACGCAGCCUUCUGUCAGGACGUCCCUCCAGUGAAAAGUUGCCGCGAAGGACUAAAUGCAAGAAUUGAGAGUUAAAAAAAACAAGCACUGAGCGUAUUCCAUGUACAGAAAUGCUAAAAGUUAAUGUUUCUGUUAAACCCUCUUUUACAGAAUGUAAAUAAUGUUUGUGUUUGUGUUAAGUUUGCUACAAUUUUAACACAAAGUAUACUUCCAAGAAGUAUGUAAUUGUCAAUAUUUUGUCAAUAAAGUUUUAU